AUGCUACGCAUGUUCAAUCGGUUCUACGGCCUGUGUGCAAUCGCCGUCUGCUCGAUUCUAUACACGGCCUGGUUUCUCUCAGGGAGGAAUUUCGGCGAUGUGAUCCCGUUGAAGUCGAGCAAGUUCCAGACCACACAUGAGUUCGACCAGCGAUUGGUGGUCUUUGGUGAUUCAUGGAGCGAUAAUGACACGGAGGAACCUCAAGGGAAGGUGUGGACAGAUUGGCUGUGCGAUAUGUUUUCAUGCCACCAAGAGAACCUUGCACAGACGGCCCGGUCCGCGCUGAGGGGGAAGUAUUCUGGUGCAGUCGUGAACAACGAGGAGCUGGAUCUCCUGGGCCGACUGUCUCAGAUCCGGGUGCCCGAUUUCAAGCACCAACUCGACCAGUGGCUGGAAGCCGAGAUCCCCGCCCUACAGGGCCUGUCGGAGGAGCAGAUGGCCUUCCGCAAGGAGCACACCCUGUUCGUUGUCUCGUUUGGUAUCUGGGAUGUCUGGAGCCUCGUGACGAGUGAUUAUGAGACCGCGGCGGCCUCGAUCGAUCGCCGGAUCAGCAAACUGAUUGAGCGGCUUGAUGAAUUGUCUGAGCGCUGGGGGUCGACGGAGUUGAAGGUGAUCUUGACCCAGACCGUGGAUGUCACUUUUCUGCCGGCCUUUACGGCGACAGGUGGAGACGAGUAUAAGAAUGCGGUGCGGAUCUUGUCGGAGUGGAAUAGUAAGCUGCGCGAUGCGGCCACCGAGUGGACACGGGGGUAUAUCUUCCUGUUCGAUACGAAUGCCUUUGUGUUAGAUCGAAUCCGGGACUGGCAGCUGUAUGCCUCGGGCAUCGAGGAGGAGAACGGAAUGGGCAAGAACCAGGAGCCCGGGUGGGAGAGUGUGAACAAGCCCUGCGUGUCCAUCGAGAGUGGGUUCCAGGUCAUGAUGUCAAAGGAGGAAACGGCACGGUGUGAGCACCCGGACAAGUAUCUGUUCUGGAACGAAAUGCAUCUGGGACCGUCUGCCCACAAGCUCCUAGCCAGCGCGGUAUACAAGGAGAUCGAUGGGGUGCUGUUGAACCCUAAGCCCAAGGCUGAGACCACGUCCGCACGACGGGGCAUUGCAGCUUGA